AGGGGCCCCCGAACCAUGGCUCAGGACCAUUCUGUCUUGGGACUCCAGCUUCUCUGUCUCCCUUCUUUCCGCUCGUCCAGCAACCCUCCACAAUGGCCGAAGGCGCACCCGCUGCUGACUUCAGCGCAGACCAGAUUGAGGACUUCAAGGAGGCUUUCGGUCUCUUUGACAGAAUCGGUGACAGUCAGGUGGCCUUCAACCAGGUGGCCGACAUCAUGCGCGCCCUGGGACAGAACCCCACCAACAAAGCUGUCACAGAGAUCCUCGGCAACCCCACCGCCGACGACAUGGCCAACAAGAGGUUGAACUUCGAGGCCUUCCUGCCCAUGCUGAAGAAGGUGGACUCCAUGCCCAAGGGAACCGUGGACGACUACGUUGAGGGUCUCCGCGUCUUCGACAAGGAGGGCAACGGCACCGUCAUGGGCGCUGAGCUGCGUAUUGUGCUGUCCACCCUGGGAGAGAAGAUGUCUGAGCCAGAGAUCGAUGCCCUCAUGCAGGGACAGGAGGACGAGAACGGCAGUGUGCACUAUGAGGCUUUCGUCAAGCACAUCAUGUCUGUGUAAGAGGCCACAGCUGGACGUGCUGCAGCGCCCCCUAGUGUGAGGACAUCCACACUGUCUAAAGACCAACCCGGAAAGAUAAGGACUAUGUGCGCUGGCGGGAUGUUGAAGCUAACCCUUUCCUUUGUAUAUUGUUUUCCUUCUCUGGUCGUACCCCCUCCUCUCCGCCCACUGUAGCCCACCUCGCUGCCUCUCCCCCCCGGGCACGCCGUCUCCACUCGUCAUGGGGUGAGGAACGGGGGAGGAGGGGUGACCACUCACCAAGUGGGGGUAGAUCCCUCCCUCUCACCGCCACCCCAGCCAGUCGCUCACCACUGGCCCAGCAGAGCCCAAGGUGCUGGGGACCGGCUGUGGAGAGACCGCCCGAAAACACCCACAAAACCACCAACCACCAAACGUUGUAUUUAUAUUCAUUCUGUUCAUGUCAGAAUAAACUUUUCCAACGUACAUCCCA